AUGAAACCAACCCGCACCGCAAUCUGCGGCUUCGGCCUCCGCGGCCGUCUCUUCCACAACAUCUACAUCGCCUCCCAACUCUCCCUCCUCUGGCGCAACCAACCAAUCGACGAAUCCCCCCGCCACCACGACUACUUCGACCUCCAACCUCCAACAGAAGGUCUCGGAACCGCCUUCCAACUUAGUAGCGACGCAGCUCUAAACACCGCUCUAGACCCCCCAAUCUCCAGCAUCAACAAAGAAGGUCUAUCAACCGAGCAAAUCAGACGUAUAGAUCGAUUAACAGACCUAGCGGGUCGAUACGCAGAGCUAGCUAUGAAAGAUGGAACAAUAAUGCCCCGACUUUUGGAAAGUAAUGUAGCUGCUGCGAUGAUAUUUAACAGUGCGUCGUCGUCGUCGAGAACUGGGGAGUUAAAUUUAAAUACUGGUGUUGCAUGCGGUCCCAGGGGUUUGAUUGGAGAAGCGGCGGAGUUAAUGACGGAAGAGGCUUUGAAGCUUGCGAAGGAGUAUCUUCCGUGGUUGGUGAUUAGGGUUAGAUAUGAAGUCGUUGUUUCUAAUAUUGAUUUUUCGAAUCCUGGGUUUCCUGUUUUAACUGUUGUGGAUGUUAAGACUGGAGAGGAAAUGACGGGGAUUGAUUUUGUAUAUAACCUCGUUAUCAAGUGUACAGGAACUACAUUUGAGAUCCCGGUUAGUGGUGAAGUUAAGGAAAAUGCUUUCACGGGUGUUCCGAACUCCAUCGAUCUUACGACUUAUUUAACCCAGCAAAAGAUAUUCGAUAAUGAAAAGAAAAAGAUCAUUCCAGGAAAGAAACUACUCAUCGGCGGCACCAGUCUCUCAGCCUUCGACUUCAUCGGCAUGAUCGUAACCAAAACCAACAUCGUCGAGUUCAACCACCAAACCCGAACCUUCACAAUCAACGAAGAAGAAGCCCAACGUAAUCAAAACCUCAUAACCCUCUUCAACCGCACAGAGGGUAUCUUCGGCGCCUCACGACACCUCCCAAACAGCGUCACAAACCUCGACUCCGACCUAGUAAACCCCGAAAUGAUCCUCUCCCUCGGACUACAAAAAAACGCAGAUACCUACCCAACAAUCCUCGAACUCGCCCGUAUCCUCACCGCCUACAAAAAACAAAAACUCCCUUCUCAAAUCGAAAAGAACAUCUCCACCAUCGAUCAAAUAGAAUACAUGGCCGCUGAAAACGAAUUAUUAGCAAGGAAUCCAGACGCCGUUACCGAAAUAGCACUGUUUCGUAAAUGGAUCCGUUGCUGUGUAUUCACUCACACAAUGGGUCCGGAUCAAGUACAGCAGCGUGCUUGGCUGGAAAGAAAGUAUAAUCAUCUAGUACGAAGUCACGGGUGGCUUAACUUUAGGACUAUGUCCUACAAUAUCUACCAUAGACCCGGGAUCGAAGAAAGGGAGCAUGAGCUCCACUGUCAUGCCCGCCGUAUUGCUUUCAAUUGCAUCGCAGCCACUCCCUAUGAAAUACAUAAUCUUAUCACUCGAUUAUACAAACUAGGAGUGGUAUCAUGGACCCAAGGUGCCUACGAAGAUGUAGUUUGGAGUUCAAAGACGAAGAAAUUUGAAUUAAAAGGCUAUCAAGUAGACGGAUUAAUAGCCCCUCGAAGGUUGACCCAGAAAACAGACAUGUUAAGUGAGAAGAUCUUAAAGCAGGCUAAAAGAUUAAAAGUCGGAGAACCUCGUUAUGAAAAAGGUCGAUUUUUGAAAAACCCAUCGGAGGAGUAUCUUCAUCUGAUAGAUCUGGGUUUUACCGGUCAUGGUAUUCAAUGGUACGAUACCAACGCCGCGGAGGGUGCCUUCCAGCUUAUGCCUAUUGUCGUUGAUAUGAUCGUCAUCCUCGAAACCCUCAUAUCAGAUACAAAUCUAAAGGGCGAUGAAUUAGAAAAACCAGUCAACGAACUGUUAAAACUACACAAAUCCGUCCUCCCAACCAAUCAAGAAUUUAACCAACAGAUAAACCGAAUGGAAGAACCACACCGGAAUAUCACCCAUAUGAUUCUAUACGCCAGAUUAGUCGAAAAGGUAUUUGGUAAUGGUAAAAGCUUCGCACGGAAAAUGCGUCAGGGGAAAACCAUCGGGGCCCGCGAGCGGGUUAUAGCUUUGAUUGCCGAUAUCCCAAGGGCUCAAGAGGCUUUGGAAGAGUUUGAAAGGGAUUGGCAAAACUACAAAUUCGAUCCCGUCAAUGCUCAAGAAUUCGAGAGGAUGACGCCGGACUUUUCGUUGGAACACAUGCAGGCGAUGAAAAGAAUCUUUGAGCAGAGAUGCCAUCAAGGAAAUCAUGUACCUCAUCUUUCCUGA